AUGGCUACACAGAGCUCGGCGGAAAACCUGUACAGCGAAGCCUCCUGCUCCAUCUGCCUGGGUUAUUUCCAAGACCCCGUCUCCAUCCACUGCGGCCACAACUUCUGCCGGGUAUGCAUCACCCGCUGCUGGGAAGGGCUGGAGGCGUAUUUCUCCUGCCCGCAGUGCAGGCAGACGGCUUCGCAGAAGAGUUUCCGUCCCAGCAGGGAGCUGGCAAAUAUCGCUGAAAUCGCCAGGCAGCUGAGCCUGCAGGCAGGAGGAGGAGCAGAGAGAUGGGAGAACUUGUGCAGGCAGCACGAGGAGGCUCUGAAGCUCUUCUGCAAGGAGGACCAGCAGCCCAUCUGCGUGGUGUGCGACAGGUCCCGGGCUCACCGCUUCCAUGCUGUGGUCCCCAUUGAAGAAGCUGCCCAGGAAUAUAAGGAAAAAAUCCAAGGCUGCCUACAGGCUUUAAGGGAGGAGAGAGAAAAAUACCUGGAAAGCAGAAAAAAUGGAGUAAGGAAGAGCCUGUACCUGGAGAAAACCAAAAGUGAAGGGAAGAAGAUAGUGUGUGAAUUCGAGCGAUUGCAUCAAUUUUUGAAGGACCAAGAGCGCCUCCUCCUGACCCAGCUGGCAGACCUGGACCGGGCCAUCACCAGGGUCCAGGAGGAAGCAAUGGCAAAGGUCUUGGAGGAGAUGUCUCACCUCGACACCCUGAUCUGGGAGAUGGAGGGGAAGUUCCAGCAGCCGCCAAGCCAAUUCCUGCAGGGCAUCAGAAGACUCUUGAAUAGUUGUGAGAUGAUGAAGUUCGACCCUCCGGUGGAGAUUUCCUCUGAUCUGGAAAGAAGACUUGAGGACUUUGUUCAGAGAAACGUCCUCGUGAGAGGCAUGCUGAGGCAAUGCCAAGACAGCCUGAUGUUUAAAUUGCAAGAGCCAACCAACGUGACCCUGGACCCCACCACGGCUCACCCCAACCUUCACCUCUCCGAGGACCGAAAACAAGCCACGGGCCAGCUGAUGCAGCAGGACCUCCCGGACAACCCAGAGAGAUUUGACUUUGAACCCUGCGUGCUGGGCUGCGAGGGCUUCAUCUCGGGGAGGCAUUUCUGGGAGGUGGAAGUGGGGCAGGGGGGUGUCUGGGCCCUGGGGGUGGCCCGAGCAUCCAUCAAGAGGAAGGGACCCAUAAGCCUCACCCCCAAGGAGGGGGUCUGGGCACUGGAGGCUUAUCACUCUCUCACAUCCCCCCGUGCCAACCUGCGCCUGAACCCACUUCCCAGGAGGAUACGGGUCUCCUUGGACUACGAAGGAGGGCGGGUGGCAUUUUUCAGCGCAGAUGAUGAUGCUUCCAUCUUGGUUUAUACCAGAGCCUUGUUCAACGGGGAGAGGGUCUACCCCUGGUUCAAGAUGGGGAUAGGGGCUCGUUUGCAAGAAAUCACCCAAACCCCACCCUCAGAGGACCAGUCAGUGACCAGGCAGCUGAUGUCCCCUCUGGACUGGGUAGGAUUCAGGUGUCCCCUCCGAAUCUGUCUGGAAGACCUGAAAAAUGAGCUUGAGAAGAGGCAGGCAAAAAAUGGCACCAAACCCUCAGAGGAGAUUUCCCAGCUGGACACCCCAACACAAGAGCAAGAAGAGAAGAGUCAGAAAUCGGAUGUGAGAAGCUCCGUCAGCAGGUGUGGGAAAGUGACUUUCCAGCUGCCAGUGGAUGUUUCUCCAGAGUCAGAAGAGAGAGUCUGUCAUUUCUCAUGGAGGAACAGUGCUCUCAAGGAAACUCUGAAGAAGCUACAAGCCAUCGUGACCCUGGACCACGACACGGCUCACCCAGACCUCAUCCUCUCCGAGGACUGUAAGAGUGUGAGACGCGGGGAAGGACGACGGGACCUGCCUGAUAACCCGGAGCGAUUUGACUACUGGCCCUUCGUGCUGGGAUGCCAGGGCUUUGCAGCAGGCCGGCAUUGCUGGGAGGUUGAGGUGGGGGACGGGGGGGAUUGGGCUGUGGGGGUGGCCCGGGAGUCCAUCUGUCGGAAGGGGCAUCUCAGCCUUUGCCCCCAAGGAGGGAUCUGGGGGGUGGAGAAGUGGGGGGGACAAGUUCGGGCGCUCACCACCCGCAAGGUGACCCUCCUGCCUCUCCGCUGGGUGCCCCGGCGAGUCAGCAUCCACCUGGACUAUGCCGGGGGGACGGUGGCAUUCUUUGAUGCAGAUGAGGGGGGGCUCAUGUUCAUUUUUUCCCGUGCCUCCUUCACUGGGGAGAGGGUCCGCCCGUGGCUUUGGGUGGUGGGGGCCAGGUCCCAGCUCAGGCUGUGUCCCUGA